GCAGUAUCCUAAUGAAAGCGGUUGCCUUGACAGACUGGAGGCUCACAGACCGAUUCAAACGCUGUGUGGGUGGGAGAAUGACAGCGGCUCUGUUCCUCUUCACCUUGUGCAGGAGGAUAUUUACACCGGAGAACCCAAACAACACCACACGGACGAUGAAACGGUUUUCUGUGUAGAGAAGAAGGCUUACGGUUGCACGGAGGAACAUGCGAAUAAGAGCGCAAAGACGCAUCUGACUGUUCGGGGAACAAAAUUCUCACGCAGCUAAACCCCUUUCUGAAAGACAUCCCAGUCCAAAAGAGGGACUAUGGGCUCAAAAGGAGCAGAAAGACGUAAACAGGCCACCCCAGGCCAGACCCCUGAAGGGAACGUGGUGAUGAGCUUCAGUUUCGAGAGCUACCAGCUGGAGGAAGAGGACUGUCAGGGCAAAGACAUCUCUGAUAAAGGUGUUCUGGCCCUUUCAGAGCCUGCGUUUGAAGAGGCUGUUCCAGAUGAUCGCUACCAUGGGAUUUACUUUGCCAUGCUCCUGGCUGGAGUGGGCUUCCUGCUGCCUUACAAUAGCUUCAUCACUGAUGUCGACUACCUGCAUCAUAAAUUUGAAGGAACAUCCAUCGUGUUUGACAUGGGUUUAACGUAUAUUCUUGUGGCGCUAGUGGCCGUGAUCCUGAACAAUGUCCUGGUGGAGAUGCUGAGCCUGCACACCAGGAUCACUGUGGGUUACCUCUUUGCACUUGGACCUCUCCUUUUUGUCACCAUUUUUGAUGUGUGGCUGGAGAGGUUCACCAUCAAGCAGGCGUACGUCAUCAAUCUGAUGUCUAUGGGUACAGUAGCUUUCGGAUGCACAGUGCAGCAGUCCAGUUUCUAUGGCUACAUGGGGAUGCUUCCGAAACGCUACACACAGGGCGUGAUGACCGGAGAAAGCACUGCAGGAGUGAUUAUUUCACUCAGUCGCAUCUUCACCAAACUGCUGAUCAAAGACGAGAGAAAGAACACCAUCAUCUUCUUCGUCAUUUCCAUCUGUAUGGUGCUGGUGUGUUUUAUUCUGCAUCUGCUGGUGCGACGGACACGUUUUGUCCAGUACUACACGAGUCUGGCCAGACGGGGACUUUCUCAUGCCAAAGACCACUCACAGCACGCCUCCCAGUACCAGGUUCACCAUGAUGUCAUUACAGAAGAAGUAAGAUUUGGUAAUGGUGCAGUGGGCUGUUCUCCAGCUGAAGAUGGAUGUGCAGAUUUUGCUGGAGGAAACACUUAUGUCAGGUUUGAUGUGCCCAAACCAAAGAUGAAACGGAGCUGGCCAGGCGUUAAAGACAUGAUCUUGCACCGUUAUGUGGUCGCGAGGGUGAUCUGGACCUACAUGCUGUCCAUCGCAGUCACUUACUUCAUCACGCUGUGUCUUUUCCCCGGACUGGAGUCUGAAAUCAAAAACGCCACCCUCGGCGAAUGGCUGCCCAUCCUCAUCAUGGCCAUCUUCAACAUAUCGGACUUUGUGGGCAAAAUUUUGGCAGCUGUGCCAUACGAGUGGAACGGGACGCGUCUUCUCUUCUUCUCCUGUGUGCGAGUGGUUUUCAUCCCUCUGUUCAUCAUGUGUGUGUAUCCCGCUCAAAUGCCUAUGUUCAGCCACCCGGCAUGGCCUUGCAUCUUCUCUCUCUUUAUGGGCAUCACUAAUGGCUACUUUGGCAGUGUUCCUAUGAUUCAUGCUGCGGGCAAGGUGGCACCUGAGCAGAGGGAGCUGGCAGGGAACAUAAUGACCGUGUCCUACAUGUCUGGACUGAUGUUGGGCUCUGUGGUUGCCUACGCCGCCUACAGUUUCACCGCCUCAGGCUCCAGCUUCCACUCACAGACUGGCUACAACUUCACCCAGGGGUACUAGUACACUGCCUAGUCCAAGCCAAAAAACCAUCCCCGUUCCCGUCAUCAAUCUCAUCAGGUGGCACUUUUGCCACUCUGUGUAGCAACUCCGCAGUCCCCAUAAAUCAGACCUCUGCUGCAGGCUUAUUUCGGCCCACCUGCAAUGCUGUGUGCCUCUGAAUGUAGACAAAUGGAUGAAGAAACAAGCUGUAAAGAGUUCUAUUCGUGUGCUUCGUUGUGUUGCCUCUUCUUGUCCUCUGAGAGUGUUUUUUCAUGCUGUCAAAUGUUUUUAACAGCACUGUUAUGAAAAUGCCAAACGCUGUGUGGUGAUGAUGCUGGUAGCACUGUGAAAAUCUUCUUUGUUUCUCUUGGUUUUAAUGUCUGAUGCCACAUUCUGUGGUGGUGUAUUGGAUAUCAAUGAAAAAACGUGAAUGUUUAUGAGGACGUAUUGUUGAUAAAGCAUUUUAAAUGAGGGUCAGUUAUGCCAGGUUGCAUGCACUUUUGAGGGAACUGCUGAAAAGAAAUCCUUUUGAGUGCCAUAUGGAUACUGGACCUUUUUGCUAAAGCUGAAUGUUAAUGACUCUAAAUAAAGGCUUUUUUGUAAAAAUGGUUAUAAAUUUGUAAAAAUGAACAGACAGAGCCUUUCAGUUCAUAAGACCUCAUCUUAUUGUCAGGAGACAUGGGUAUUAUUUUGCCUGCAUCUGUUUUUGACUCACAAAGUGUCAGUAUUCUUGAAUUUAAUUUUAUGAAGGACUGAGGAAGACCACAGUUUAAACUAUAAAUCUUUCCUUGUGUUGUUAAUGGUGUAAAGUAACAAAUUACAAAUACUCAAACGAC